GUGUUUUAUAUGUUGUGUGCACCAAAAACAAACAAUCAAACAAAUACAAACUAGCAUUUAUUCACUUUUUCCCCCUCAUACUCAUGCGUCCUUGUAAAGCUAAGUUAUCAUAAUUGUAUUAUUUUCAGUAGCCUUUGACAAUUGCUAGUGCCCAUUAGGGGGCGACCUGCUCCACAUAUAUAUAUAUAUAUAUAUAUAUAUAUAUAUAUAUAUAUAUAUAUAUAUAUAUAUAUAUUAUUUAAAAUAUUUAUCUCAGCUCAGAUACAACGUUUCAAAUCGUACAGUAAUCUUCUUUAAAAUCCCCUCAUCAAACUAAAAAAAGUCACACCCUGCCUCCCAACGGAGAUACCAUCUACACUAUGCGCCCUAAAUAGUAUUGAAAAUGACUAGUAUCAUCUAGAAUUUAGGAUGGAUAGUAUGCACAUCGAUCGGUCUCUACAUUAUAGCCGUGACGUCAUCACACAUUUGAUUAGGGGGACACACUUAAUAAGCUUCCUGAACUACGCGCGUGUAGUCCUGUGGACCAGACCGACACCAUAGUUCGCAUUUUAAUUAAGAAAACAAGACCGAGGAGAAUUGCACUUAACUUUUGCGCGUGCACAUCCGUUCCUGAGGUGAGCGGCAGUCUCGUGCGCAUCAGCGGCGCUCAGAGAUUCAUGAAGACAGCCGCAGUCCGAUGUCCACUGAUAACGCUUCUGUUAAACACACUUCUGCCCAUCAACGGAUGAACGCCGACUUUGAAAAGUAUCCUUUACCACGGUAUUGCAAGAGGUGGAGCAACGAUGACCUUCAAAGGCAUGCACUGGCUAAGAGCCGCCGCAUGGCUAUGCGGAGACCGGCCUACAUGUUUAAUGCCCGUUACAAUAGUCUAUCGCCAACUGAAGAGCGUUUCCUAGAGGCGGCAGAGUAUGGAAAUAUCCCUGUCAUCCGUAGGAUGCUAGAAGAACUCCCAGACCUUAAUGUCAACUGUGUGGACUACAUGGGCCAGAAUGCAUUGCAGCUUGCGGUUGCCAACGAGCACCUCGAAGUGACUGAACUCUUGCUGAGGAAAGAGAACCUGGCCAGGAUUGGUGACGCUUUGCUUUUAGCCAUAAGUAAAGGCUACAUUCGUAUUGUGGAAGCCAUUUUGGGCCACCAAGCCUUUGCUGACACAUCUAAACUCGCUAGCAGCCCCCUCCAGGCAGAGACGCAAGGCGAUUUCUUCGCCUAUGACGAGGAUGGCACUCGUUUUUCCCAUGAUAUUACACCCAUUAUACUAGCUUCUCAUUGCCACGAAUACGAGAUCGUGCACAUUCUGCUAAGGAAGGGCGCCCGCAUUGCACGCCCACAUGACUACUUUUGCAAAUGCAACAGCUGCCUCUAUCACCAGAGGCACGACUCUUUUAGCCAUUCACGUUCAAGAAUCAAUGCCUACAAAGGGUUGGCAAGCCCUGCCUACCUUUCCCUGUCCAGUGAGGAUCCAGUACUGACUGCUUUGGAGCUCAGCAAUGAACUAGCUGUACUAGCCAACAUAGAAAAAGAGUUCAAGAAUGAUUAUAAGAAGCUGUCUAUGCAAUGCAAGGAUUUUGUAGUUGGACUUCUGGAUCUGUGUCGGAAUACAGAGGAGGUGGAAGCCAUUUUAAAUGGAGACACAGAGGCAGGUGGCCACUGUGACAAGGGUGGCAGGCCUGAUCUAGUUCGAUUAAAACUGGCCAUCAAAUACGAGCUAAAAAAGUUUGUAGCCCAUCCAAACUGCCAACAGCAGCUUUUGUCCAUAUGGUAUGAGAACCUGUCAGGGCUCAGGCAGCAAACCACAGCUGUCAAGUUGCUGGUGGUUCUGGGGGUGGUGGUUGGACUUCCCAUCCUGGCCUUACUGUACUGGAUAGCACCCUCAAGCAAGUUGGGGAAGAUCAUCCGUGGUCCUUUUUUAAAAUUUGUGGCACAUGCAGCUUCUUUCACAAUCUUUCUUGGCCUUCUCAUUAUGAACGCUGCUGACCGUUUUGAAGGGACAUCUCUCUUACCAAAUAUGACCAUCCAUGACCACCCUUCCCAAUUGUUCCGCAUGAAGACCACCCCUUUCACCUGGAUGGAAAUGCUGAUCAUUUCUUGGGUCGUAGGAAUGAUUUGGGCUGAAUGUAAAGAGAUAUGGUCUCAGGGUCCUCGGGAAUAUCUGCUGGAGCCUUGGAAUUUGCUGGACUUCGGCAUGCUGGCCAUUUUUGUGACUUCAUUUAUUGCUAGAUUUAUGGCAUUUUGGCAUGCAAAUGUUGCACAGAAUUAUGUGGACAAGCACUACACAGAUCUAUCAAACAUUACCUUGCCCCUUGAGAUAGAAUACUAUCGUCUUGCUCGUGUCCACUGGGUUCCUUCAGACCCUCAGCUGAUCUCCGAGGGCCUUUAUGCCAUCGCAGUGGUUCUGAGCUUCUCUCGGAUUGCGUACAUCCUACCUGCGAACGAGAGCUUUGGGCCCUUGCAGAUCUCUCUGGGCAGGACUGUAAAAGACAUAUUUAAAUUCAUGGUGAUCUUCAUAAUGGUGUUUGUGGCCUUCAUGAUUGGAAUGUUUAACCUCUACUCAUACUAUCGCGGAGCGAAGCAGAACGGUGCCUUCACAACUGUUGAGGAAAGCUUUAAAACUUUAUUCUGGGCUAUUUUUGGACUUUCUGAGGUCAAGUCUGUCGUCAUCAACAACGGGCACAAAUUCAUUGAGAAUAUUGGCUAUGUCCUUUACGGGGUCUACAACGUUACCAUGGUUAUCGUCUUACUCAACAUGCUCAUCGCCAUGAUCAACAACUCAUUUCAGGAAAUUGAGGAUGAUGCGGAUGUGGAGUGGAAGUUUGCCAGGGCUAAGUUGUGGUUUUCGUACUUUGAGGAAGGAGGGACGCUGCCUGUGCCCUUUAAUCUCAUCCCCAGCCCAAAAUCAGUCAUCAGCCUGGCUAUCAAACUCAAACAGCUCCUGCUAAUACCUCUUCACAGACACAAAGAGGACCUGAAGGAGGACACUGAGCUCAAUGAGUCGGGCAAACAAAAAGAAUCCAGUGAGAAGAAUUCACCUCAUACAAGUCGUUACCAGAGGAUCAUGAAACGGCUCAUCAAACGAUAUGUGAUCAAAGCACAGACUGACAAAGAAGGAGAUGAAGUAAAUGAAGGGGAACUAAAAGAGAUCAAGCAGGACAUCUCAAGUUUACGCUAUGAGCUGCUGGAGGAGAAAUCUCGUCAGACAGAGGAGCUAGCAGAACUGGUCAGGAGACUGGGAGAGAGACUAGCCGGUCAACAGAACCUGUAAUUAACACUCUUUUAAUUAUUCUCAGUGGCCAUUCUCAUUAGGUUGUCAGGAAUACACUACAUUAAAUAAUUUUCUCUUUGUUUUAUUUAAAAUAGCAAAAAUAAAAUGAAAUAUAAUUACUUGAAUAAUUCAUUACUAUAUAUUUAAUGACAUAUCAGAACUGGGGUGCUAAAUUCAUUAAAAUCACACACUUAAUCAUACUAAAAUGGCUUAAUUUUCUUUUUUUUUCCUAUUUGUUUUUGGGGCGUAAAAUCGUCUAUAUAGCUAGCCUGACCAACUAGCAGUUAGCCGGAAGAUUUUUAUGUUUUUAUGCAGCUGACUUAAAACAAAGUUUAGUUUGACAUUCUGCUAACCGUAAGUAACUUCGCAUCUACGCAUCACCUAGCAGUAAUUAGAGUAUUAGUAGACUGUCUGCUUAAUAUCCUUUAACACUUUAGUUUGAUGGAUCCACAACAUAUCACUAUCAGAAACUUUACAAGUAUAUGUCAACCUAUUCUACUAACCCUAAACCUACCCUAACAGUCUAUUGCUAGUUACUACAUGUGUAUUAAUGAAAAUUAGUUAACAUGUAGUUGACAUGUAAUUACAGUUACAUAUAGUUAGACCGUCUAAAGUGGACUUUAAAAAUAAAGUGUAACCGACGUAAAUAUCAGUCUUAAAGAAUACAUAUUUAUUGUUCAGUCGACCCCGGAACAAUUUUUGAUAGGGAGUGUCAGUUUUCUCUGUUGCAUUACUCUUUUCUCAAAAUUAAGACUAGUUUUAUAAGCAAGGUUUCCUCUGGAGAGCAGUGAUCCAGCAAAAAAGAAGCUGAUAUUAAAUUAAGUAAAUUUCAAAAUGACUUUUUUAGUCAUGUUUUUGGUACUGUUUGCCAUUGUGCUGCCAUGCUGUGUCAUAAUCUAAAUAUGCUAUGUUAAACACAGGAAACUACACAGGAACUACACAAUCCAGAGACAUAGAUGUUGUUUGAAUGAAUUGUAUUUGAUUUCAUCAUGUUCUGUUUUUUACUGAAGCUGUGCACAGUAGAGCCAAACCUAUUUAAAAGCACCAACCUCAGUCUGAGAACUAAUGUCACUGCAAAUGUGUAGUUACUGUGUUUUUACGUUGUUAUUGAAGUUGCUGACUUUGUAAAUCUAUCAUAUUUUAUCAUAAUAUGAUUGUUGUUUAAGAGCCAUGGUUUACUACAAAUGUUUUAUUAACCCUAUUUAUUGAUUCAUAAUUUAUUGUGUGAAGUCUGAAAGUUAAAAGAUGUCAGUCUUUCUGCAUAAACAAUGGUUUAUUUCUAAUAAUAUAUAUAUAUAUAUUGUGCUUUCAUCUUGUUUGUCUUGUAUGCACUAAACCCUAAUAAGUUCACUACACUCAUUUACUGUAACGAAUUCUUGUAAUCCCUCAUUUUGGUCAUCAAAAUUCAGACACCAGAGGUUAUUUUCGUUUCACUAUUUGUAGAACCACACAGAGGUGCUGUUGCGUUGGUUGAACCCACGGGGACCGGAGUCACCUUUAUUUUUGUUUUGUAUUAUUAUUCCCCCACAAAACUACUUAAAAGCACCAUUUUAGCCGGCAGCAUACAAAAGCAUUGAAAUGUUUACAAUAAGUAUCCAUUUGUUUAAUACACAACAUUUUUGAAAAGGCUCUUGACCCAAGAACAUAGCUAUACCUGUUCAAAUCUUCCUUUGGUUUGACUUUGCUUGAAUAUAUCAGUGUGGUUUUAUAGUGUUCACCAUUUACAAGCAGCCAUUAAAAAUAUGCCAUUUUCUCCAAACAUGUAUUAUUCAUUUUCAGGUGAUGUAUAAUUGAGGGAAUGUGCGAUUAAAUCCUUUAAAGUGAAAACAAAACAAAAAACUUAAGACAUUCUUUCAACACAAACUAAAAUAUUUUAGAGGAAAACUGAGCUUUCUGAUGCUGCAUAGACAGCAAUGCAAGUUAAAAAUGGUCCCUGGCCCAAAGACAUAUUAAAGACACUGUUAAAAUAAUCAAUGCAACAUCAGUGGUUCUACCAUGAUUUUAUGAAACUUUAAGAAUAUAUUUUGCACGCAAAGAACUAAAUUACCAAGCUUGAAAGAGCCAUGAUACAUUUUUAAAAACUUUUGACUGUGUUCGUCUGAAAGAAGAAAGUCAUAUACACCUAGGAUGGCUUCGGGGGGAGUAAAAUACAGGGUAAUAUAAAUUUUUGGGUAAACUUUACCUUUAAUGUUGAACCACUGAGGUCGCAUGGACUAUUUUAACACUGUCCUUCUGGACUUGGGAACAUUUCAGUUGCAUUAUUAUCAAUGCAGUGUCAGAAAGCUCAAAUCAAAAUUACGUAAUUUUUGUUCUGAAGAUGAACCAAACUAUUAAAGUGUGACUGUUGGACAAUCGAGUGGUUUGUUGUCAAUAACAGUCAGAAAGGUUACAAAAAAUGUGACUAAAAGUUACAAAUUACCAUCAAAAGAUCUGCAAGGACUUGGGUGUGAAACCACCAGGAACUUAUUAGCCUCCAGUGAUACAAUUUUUCACUGAAGGACUCAGGCUCUUGAGCCCUAGUUAACAAACAUCACAAACUGCAGCAUGAAAACCACUUUUUUGAGCUAGUUUUAACCUUUUGGUUUAUAGACAAACUAAAAUGAAAUCCCAAAACUACAACCAGAUUCUUCUUCAAACGUGUACAAGAUAAAGUCAGCUGCAUUUAGGAAAGCUAUGAUCUUUGUGCAUGACAAUGCUCCAUUAGAUGUAACCAAGCGUUCUACCAUUUUGCUUGCCAGAAAAUGAUACAAAGAAGACAAAAUAGUUGCCAGGCCUAAACACAGUGCCAACACACUAAAACACUGCAAGUUCAAGAUGUUUCCUCCUGUGAAACCUGUAGCUGGUUUCUUUGUAAUUCUGUUAAACCUGGGUACAGUAUUUUAAACACACACAAUUGUUAUAAUAUUCAUCCUAGAGGUUUCUCUAAUAGACGUCUAUCACAACACAUAGGCUAUUUUAAAUUCUGGUCUCAAGGUAAGUGGCAGAGAUGUUACACCAUAGUUCAACCUGACCUCUCGAGAGCCUCACACCUUCCCCCGCCAUACAGAUAUAAUUUGCCAGGUGCUUUCUCUGCCUAGAAAUGAGUCAGAAAUAGACAGCAGAGGUGAAAAGCUUUUAUCAGUAUUGGUUGACUUGACUACUAGUGCACUGACCUCAAUAACAGCUUGCUUCACUGCAUUCAUUAAAUUAUAUCCAAACAUGAGUAGCGGUUUUGUAUCAUUGUGAGUUCUUUUUCCUGCUAAUCGCACUGUACGUUAUGCAACUUCUUAGACUGCUGCUUCUCAAAAAAAUAAAUACAUGGACAAGAAAA